GGAAAUUCCAGUAAGGAAGGAAAUGAACCUGAUGAAUGUUUGAGUCGCUCCCGUCGUCACCUGCAGGAUUCGCUCUGUCGCGCGCUGGUUCUGGGGAUUAAAACUCACUUUAAUCUCUCGGAUUAAACUUUUUUUAAAAAUAAUUAUUGUAAUUUUUCAUUUGUGAUGACGCGGGUUUGUUGCGUCACGACGCGCCGCUGUUGAGCCGCUUCAGCGCGGGCGUGAUGGCGAGAUGAUGAAGUGAAGCCUGUCAAUCAAAGUUCGUGUCGAGAAGCUGCUUCUUCUUCUUCACCUGCGCGAGUUCAGCAGUCGUCGUCAUGGCUGCAGACGAUCACUACCUUCACACCAACAACCAGAUGUUUGACAACAUCAUGAUGGAUCCAUCGUGGGACUUCCCACAUUUUCCCGCCAUGUCUCAGACGUCGUCUCUGAGGACAGCAGAUGGGCCCUUCCUUCAGAUCCUGGAGCAGCCCAAGCAGCGUGGUUUCAGGUUCAGAUAUGGUUGUGAAGGUCCGUCUCAUGGUGGACUGCCCGGAGCAUCCAGUGAGAAGAACAGGAAGACGUACCCCACCGUCAAGAUCUGUAACUACCAGGGUCCGGCCCGGGUCGUGGUCCAGCUCGUGACAGCGCUGACAAACCUCCCUCAGCUCCACGCUCACAGUCUGGUGGGAAAACAGUGUGAUAAAGGAAUCUGUGUCGCUGACCUGCAGCCCAAAGACUCUACUAUCAGUUUUCCAAACCUGGGAAUUCUCCAUGUGACAAAGAAGAACGUGUCAAAGACUCUGGAGGACAGGAUGGUAGAGGCGUUCAGGAUGGGACACAACUAUGGAGUCUCUAUUCAUCCAGAGAUCGACGCCCAGCAGGGGGAGGUCAGGGUCCCCCGAGACCUGCACGAGGAGCAGCGCAGUGUGAUCAGCAGUGCGGCGUGUGUCCAAUCUAAGGAGAUGGACCUGAGCGUGGUGCGUCUGAUGUUCACAGCGUUCCUCCCUGACAGUGACGGUGGUUUCUCCAGACGUUUGGAACCUGUGGUGUCAGAGCCCAUCUAUGACAGCAAGGCUCCAAACGCCUCGAACCUGAAGAUCGUGAGGAUGGACAGAACGGCCGGCUGUGUGAGCGGAGGAGAGGAGGUGUACCUGCUGUGUGACAAGGUCCAGAAAGACGAUAUCCAGGUGCGUUUCUUUGAAGAAGACGACUCGGGGCUGAUCUGGGAAGCUCUGGGUGAUUUCUCCCCCACAGACGUCCACAGACAGUUUGCCAUCGUCUUCAAGACUCCCAAGUAUCGGGACCAGAACCUGCAGAGACCGACCUCCGUGUUCGUGCAGCUGAAGAGGAAGUCGGACAACGAGACCAGUGAACCCAAGCCCUUCACUUAUCACCCUCAGAACAUAGACAAAGAGGAGGUGCAGAGGAAGAGACAGAAGACGCUACCUAACUUUCAUGACUUCAGUGGUCAUGGACAGGAGCAGGGGGGAGGAGGUCUGUACCAGGAGGGAGGAGGAGGAGGAGGUCCAGCAGGGGGAGGUCCUGGUUCUACAGGAGGAGGAGGAGGAGGUUACUACCAAGGUUUUACUACCUAUAACUAUGGAGGAGGAGGUGCAGGAGGAGGCGGAGGAGGCGGCUUCUCCACAGGAUACUCAGCUGGUCUGGGGGGAGGAGGAGGAGGAGGAGGAGGCGGCGGCAUCAAACAUGCUUCUCAGGGCGACGACUCAGACGAUGGAGGUCCAGGCGACGACUCGGGGGCGGGGACUGUGCUGCAAGGUCCGGGUCAGGCGGCAGAGGGAGGAGUCAGGGCGGAGCCUGAAGCAGACAGAGGUGAGCAGUUGGGUCAGGUGACCAGCAGACAGCUGGACGCUCUCUUCCAGUACUCUGUAACAGGUGACUCAGCGUAUCUGCUGGCUGCACAGCGCCCCCUAAUGACGGCACAGGACGAGGACGGAGACACUGGGCUGCACCUCGCCGUCCUCCACAGCCAGCAGGAGGCGCUGAAGAGUCUGACUCAGGUGAUCUCUGCUCUACCUGGAGAGGAGGUUCUCAACAUGAGGAACCACCUGUACCAGACUCCCUUGCACCUGGCGGUGAUCACGCAGCAGAAGGAGGCGGCGGAGGAGCUGCUGAUGGCCGGGGCCGACCCCACGCUGACUGAUCGCCAUGGCAACACCGUGCUGCACCUGGCAUCACAGCAGCAGGGAGGAGCUGGAGGCGGAGCCGGGGGAGGGAUGAUCGAGUUUUUACUGAGACACGGAGACAUCAGAGGACUGUUGGACCACAACAACACUGCAGGUAUGUGUGCGAUCCACCUGGCCGUCCUGGCCAAUCAGCUGUCCUGUAUAAGAGAGCUGCUGGAGGGCGGAGCUAACGUGGAGGCUCAGGAGCGCAGCUGUGGAAGGACCGCCCUCCACCUGGCCACAGAGACAGACAACGUGUCAUUGGCUGGCUGCCUCUUGCUGGAGGGAAAUGCCAACGUGGACUGCUGCACCUUUAAUGGCUCCACCCCCCUCCACGUCGCUGCGGGGCGGGGCUCCGCCAAACUCACCGCUCUACUGAUGGCGGCAGGAGCCGACGCCCACAAAGAGAACUGUGAGCCGCUGUUCUUCAGAGAGGAGGAGGCGGAGCUAUGUUACGAAGACGACGAAGAUGAAGGUUACACAUCUGGAACGACCCCAAUCAACAUGGCCGCCAACGCACAGGUUCUGGAGCUUCUGAACGGAAAAGAGUACGAACCACAAACACGACGCAGUGUCAUCAGUCCACCACAAGGUGACCUGGCCAGUCUGGACACCGCAGUGAAACAGGAAGUGUGUCGCUCUCUGGAGAGUGAAGGAUGCUGGGAAACACUGGCCCACAGUCUGGGUCUCGGGAUCCUGAAGACGGCCUUUAGAUUAAGCCCCUCCCCUGCCAAGACUCUGCUGGACAGCUAUGAGGUGUCCGGUGGGACAGUCAGUGAGCUGUUGUCCGCUCUGAGGACGGUGGGUGAGUGCAGGUCCCUGCUGGUCCUGGAGGAGGCGCUGUGUCGCUCUGACACUGAGGGAGUGACUGGUGGGCGUGGCCUCGCUCUGUUGCAGGACUUGAAGGCGGAGUCUCGCGUCGACAGCGGCGUCUGUGACAGUGGGGUGGAGCUUUCCACGGCGUGAACACCUCUGACCUCUGCUGGUCAAACGGAGUCAUUCACCAAAACCAGUCUGAAACAACCGUCGUUGUGAGGACUUCCUGUCCACUGUGAGGAACUUCCUGUCCACUCAGACGGAGGACGUCCUGCUCUGAGGACACUGGUGCUGUCAGGAUAUUUUACUCUUUUUAAACUUUUUUGACGAGAAGUUUUUUAUUCUUACGUCUGAAAAUUUCCUUUAACUGUUUUUUUUUUUUUUUUAUUAAGGGAUUUUUUUUUUAUCAGACGCUCAAACUCGCGACACGUGACGUAACCAAAGGCAUUGUGGGAAAGAAGUUUUCCCUCCGUGUGAUCACAUGAUAUUUAUGUCACUGUACAGUUCAUCCUGAGCUCUCAUUGGUUCUUUUUAAAUAAAACUUUUUAUAUAUAUUUGA